UCUCACAUACUUACUGAGAACGGACACAUCUGUGUGUCCUGACACACAACUAUUUCACUGGCUCUUUGCGCACAGCAUUUCCAGUGGACUUAUUUAAUUUAUUUGAAUCGCGGAGGUCAGUCAUGGCUGAGCCUCCUGUUGUCAUAUGGGAAGACGAAGUCAGGGAGCUGCUGACUUACAGAGCCCUGGUGCCGCGGCUGGAGGAGGCUCUGGGUAAGUUCUCCAGGCGGGACAGCGCUGAGGUGAUCCAGCCGGUGCGCACCACAGUGGCCCUGAAGGAACACAGCGGGUUCCUGGGGCUGAUGCCUACCUACAUGGCGAACGAUGGAGUCCUGAGCACAAAGUUCGUGUGUUUCUACAACAGGGAGGCUGGUUCCACUCUGCCAGCCACUCAGGCCACUGUGGUGCUGCUGGAUCCAGAGUAUGGGAAUGUUAAAGCUGUCAUGGAUGGAGAUGUCAUCACAAGAAUGAGGACAGCUGCAGUCUCUGCAAUCUCUGCCAAGCUGCUGAUGCGUCCAGAGGCAGAGGUGCUGACCAUCAUGGGGACCGGCCACCAGGCCCUGAGUCAUUACAAUGUCUUCACUGAAAUGUUCUCCUUUAAAGAGGUUCGUGUGUGGAGCCACACGAAAGAGAGAGCUGAGGUGUUCAUGAAAACAGUCCGGGGCCCUGUAACAUGUUGUGCCUCAGCGGAGGAGGCGGUGAGGGGAGCGGACGCCAUAGUGACAGUAACCAGAUCUACUGAGCCGGUACUGUUUGGCAAGUGGGUCAAACCAGGAGCCCACGUGGCAGCGGUUGGAGCCUGUAGGUCGAACUGGCGGGAGCUGGACGACGCGUUGAUGAAGGAGGCCGUGGUGUACACCGACAGCAGAGAGGGAGCGCUGGCUGAGUCCGGUGACAUCAUUCUCUCUGGGGCAGAGAUGUUUGCAGAGCUAGGAGACGUUAUUAAUGGGACUAAACCAGCACACAGAGAGAAGACAACUGUGUUCAAAUCCCUCGGAAUGGGAGUUGAGGAUGCAGUGUCUGCCAAGCUGGUGUUUGAUCAAUGGAAAGCCAAACACAGCUGGCCAUGAAGUAACGUUGUUCUUCAGACUCUGGGUUUGACCCAUGUCACACAAGUUGAUCAAGAGAAUUAAACAAAGUCCUAAUCAUGAUGUUUCACCCCAUUUCUAUAGCAUCAACUAACUAAAACCUAACUUACCAUAAAAAGUAUCACUUGAAUAUACAUCAGUGUUAUAAGAACUACCUAAAAUGACAGAAACCCUGUAUGAAACAUGUAAAUCACAUAUACUUUGACUUUUUGGUGUUCAUGCACCAUCUGCUAACAUGGAGGAGGCUGGGGUUAAUGACCUAUACUGCAGCCAGGUACAAGGGGGCGAUCAAGAUGAGUUGGCUUCACUUUUGGGAGUGGUCAUGUUGUCCAAUUAUUAAAUAGUCUAUGAAAUGUGUUAACAUUUGCUAUUUAGCCUUGAAUGUUACAAUUUUCAAAUAUUGUAUGUGCUAAAUAACAUUUUUAUCACUUGCA